CGAACGCUGUCGAUGUCAGGUUUUGACAUCACGAACCAGUUAUUUCGUGUGUAGAAAACCCAACAUUUUCCUCAAAAAAUGACAGUUGAACCUUCAAAUUCAGAAACAGAGGUUGCCUCACAGCCGAAGAAAUCAAGCAAACGGCUCAACAUCGUGUUGCAGUGUGCCGCAAAAGGCGACGCAGCCCGUCUUCAAGAUUGCUUUUCGAAGGAGGACGACCCGUACCACGAGCGGGUCGAGGGCCAGUUGAACUCCCGGGACGAUGGCGGCAGAUCCCCGGUCGAGAUCGCUUGCACCGAGGGCCAUAUGGAGAUACUAAAAUUACUCAUUGAAAAGGGAUCUGAUUCCAAUGUGAGAAAUCCAAGCACAGGACGCACAGCGCUGGACAUGGCUUGCAUCUUAGACAGGGAGGAUAUGGUGAAGGAACUUCUCGAGAAAGGAGCUGAUGGGGACUCCUCAACAGAGAGAGGGUACACAGCUCUGCAUCAUGCUGCAGCCUGGGGUAAAAUAGCCUGCUUAAAACUACUGAUUCAGUUCGGUGCCAAUCUUCAGGUUAAGACGAGCCAUGGAGAGCGCCCUCACGAGACAGCAUUGAGAUAUCAACACGAAAAAUGUGCGCAGUACCUAAACUGGUCUGAAGCCCGUCGUGCCCUUCUUGCCGUCUUAAGAGAGAUUAAAGAGAAUGUGGAGGAUGUUCAAAAGGUCCAGGGCAGACUCACUAAGGAUGAGCGGAUGACCGCUCUGAAUGCAUGCACAGAGAAGCAAGAAUGGCUUGAUAACGGAGGAGAGAAUUUAACGGUGGCGGACUUCAACAAACAGAAACAGGUCCUCUGCGAGAUACUUGAACCCAUCGUCGUCAAAAUGUCCGAACCUCCACCCGAAAAGCCACACAGAAGAUGAUACCAAUAUUUAAAGACUGUCGAACCGACCUUGAUCAUGCUGCCACCGUCUUGGUCAAGUUCCCUUUAUCCAUUAACAGUUAUGGAUGCUGGUAUUCAUUGUACAAAGAAGGAUCCAGACUAUUUUUCCUUUCAGCCUCGGUUUGGUUACAAUGGGUGGAAUGAGAGAAAAAUCAAAAUGAAAGAUCCAAGCAGGGCACAA